AUGCUGUUGCAAGAGGUGGUCAUGGACAGCGACUCGAACCCGCCGCAAGAUCUACACGAACGGCAUUCGGUCCCGCCCACGAAAUUUUGCAGAUCAGAUGUCGUGUUUCCCCUAGUAACACCUCGGAAGCGUGCUCCUUCAGUGGCUUCGGUCGUGGACCUCGGCGGGGAGUCUACACAGCAGGAUGGACAGAUAAUAGGAAUGGUAGCCGUUCGCGCGACAAACUCGCCAUGUCUGGAAGACGGUGACUCGUGUCGAGAAAAGGAGAAUCAGCUGUCCGAGUCUCCGGGAAGCAGUCUGAAACCUCAGUUAUCGCUGAAUGACUUGCCGCUCGAAGUACAAGGUAAAGUCCUCGAUUUCAUCUUCGGGGACAUGCAUUCCGUCUAUGCCGGUUCAACGUCGUUGCGAGGCAAGAGCGUCUCGUCACUGAUGCGACAUCCGCGGAGGAAGGCCGUCUCAGAUUUUGCACUGGUGUCACCUACCUGGCGCGACCUGGUUCAGGAGCGGAUAUAUCGACAUAUCAAGAUUAAGGGCACCCGGGCCGGGCUUGAAGAAUCCAAGGACUUCUUCUGUUCUCAUUCCCAUUUGACGAGGCUUGUUCGGCAUAUUGAAUUUUGGGUACCUGUCUGGGGAGACAAGGCGCCCUUUCAUGAUCUCUCUGUCAACCCGCUCCUGCCCAGGCCGGCGGCAGAACGCAACGAUGGUUAUUAUCAGCUCGCACAUCAAGCAAACGAGCGAGAUCUGAUCCCCGCCACCGAUCUGCUAAGCUUCAGCUUCAAGCUAUGUGCCUAUUCCGCCACUCUCUCAGAGAUUUUUGCCCAUAUAAGCUGUUUCUUCCCCCACUCGCGUGUCUUUACCCUGGAAGGGGGCCACUGCAAGAAGUCCAACAUGAUUCGGCAAUUUCCAAAAACCCUCUUCCCGGACCCAAACCGCCGUCUGGAGAAAUUACCAAAUAUUCGCACCUUCGCCAUGCGCGGUGCCUGGAAUGUGAUGCGCAAUUAUCAACACUGGAAGACAAUUGAAGAUGCUCUCCCGAACGUUGAGGAGUGGCAUUGCGGCUACGCCAAACCUCGUGCCGAAGCGGAUGCCACGAUCAAUGACAUCCUCACAUAUCUCCCCUCUAGACUUCGGCAUGUGAAUAUAUCUCUCGAUGGAAUGUACAGCAAAGAUCCCACAACACUAGGCUCCAGUUUCGUCCCCGGGUCGGGAGGCCUCCAGACGCAUCUCUGUGACCACUUGGGUCGGGUCCUGCCGCAACUCGAAUCCCUCUCCUUCACGGGAAAGAUCUGCGAGUGUCUGUGGACGAGUGCAUUCUCUGCCCUCUCAUCGCAAAUAGGGAAAGCAGAGGAACCCAGGCUCAAACAUCUCGAAAUAGUGGUAAAGUCAUGUUGCCGCCAACGAGUUACCGAAACCGACCCCUACACAGGAGAAACAGUCACUCAUGAACUAGGAGGAAUCAUCGCCGACGGCGCUGGAAUCACAAAUCUCGUCUUUAUAAAGGCCUUUGAACGUCUCGUCCUCAACACCGUUGAAGCCCUGCCUCUUUUCCCGAAUCUAGAGUACGUGAGAAUCAGAUUCAUUGAUUUGGAUUCUCCUUGUACGUUGUUAAAUCCGUAUUGGCUGUUGGAAAGGGGCAGGGUGUACGGCAUUUGGAACGAGGAGAUCGUGGAGCGGUUGGGCGAGUUGAUGCCUGACAUCGGCUACGUCGAGUUGGGCGAGGGGAUUGAGUGUGCAGGGAGCUACCACAAGCGAUCGUCUUCCGGGUCGAGCUCUUCCAAUCCUCCCUCGACUGGCAUCGGUGGCCCGUCCCCUGCAGACGGCGGCCUCGGAUCCGCAACGUCUUCGACAGGAGGUAUUGGAGUCGGAUCAAGUUGCAGCCUUUAUCCGAAGUGGAAGCCGCGGAGUAUCAAAACGAGCAGCUACAAGAUCAUCGCUGAGGCGAGAGGCAGUUGA